GAGGCGGGCCUGUCCCUCACCGAGCUCGCCCUCCGCUGGGCCCGGCAGCGCCCCGGCGUCACCUCGGCGCUGCUGGGGCAGUCCUCGCUCGCGCAGCUGGAGCAGGGCCUCGCCGUCUACCGGGCCGGGGGCACGCUGCCGGACCGGCUCAUGUGGAAGAAUCGACCGCGUGCACAUGCGGAACCGGCUCCCCACCGUCUUUUCCUCGGACCGCGUGGGGGCCGACUGGUACGGGCGCGGAGAGAUCGGAGAGGCCAUCCCUUGA